AUGGACAGUGUGCGAGCCGGUCCGUUUGGCCAACUCUUUCGCCCGGACAACUUCGUCUUCGGGCAGACAGGGGCUGGCAACAACUGGGCCAAAGGGCACUACACGGAAGGUGCCGAGUUGAUCGACUCGGUGCUGGACGUGGUGCGCAAGGAGGCCGAGGGCUGCGACUGCCUGCAGGGCUUUCAGCUGUGCCACUCACUGGGAGGAGGCACCGGCGCUGGAAUGGGCACGCUGCUGAUUUCCAAGGUCCGUGAGGAGUACCCCGAUCGUAUCAUGGAAACGUUCUCCGUGAUUCCGUCUCCCAAAGUGUCUGACACGGUGGUUGAGCCAUACAAUGCCGUCUUGAGCUUUCAUCAGCUGGUCGAGAACUCUGACGAGUCCUUCUUGCUCGACAACGAAGCCUUGUACGACAUUUGCUUCCGCACAUUGAAGCUGACGACUCCGACCUACGGCGAUCUGAACCACUUGGUGUCGGCAGCAAUGUCUGGAGUUACCUGUUGCCUGCGCUUCCCGGGGCAGCUCAAUUGCGACCUGCGCAAAAUUGCAGUGAACCUCGUGCCGUUCCCCCGCCUGCACUUCUUCAUGACUGGCUUCGCACCCCUGACCUCUCGUGGUUCUCAGCAGUAUCGUGCACUCACCGUGCCAGAGUUGACUCAGCAGAUGUUCGACGCUAAGAACAUGAUGUGCGCCGCUGAUCCCCGCCAUGGUCGCUACUUGACCGCGGCAGCCCUGUUCCGCGGCCGCAUGUCAACAAAGGAGGUCGACGAGCAGAUGCUUAACGUGCAGAACAAGAACUCAUCGUACUUUGUGGAGUGGAUCCCCAACAACAUCAAGGCCUCCGUCUGCGACAUUCCGCCCAAGGGCCUGAAGAUGGCGGUGUCCUUCGCUGGCAACUCCACGGCCAUCCAGGAGAUGUUCAAGCGGGUGGCGGAGUACUUCACCGCCAUGUUCCGGCGCAAGGCCUUCUUGCACUGGUACACCGGCGAGGGUAUGGACGAGAUGGAGUUCACUGAGGCGGAGUCCAACAUGAAUGACCUGGUCUCAGAGUACCAGCAGUACCAGGACGCUACGGCAGAGGAGGAGGGCGAGUUUGAUGAAGAGGAAGGUGAGUAUGAUGGCUGA